AUGCCCAAGUACACAGCCGCAGAAAUGGCUUCGUUCGAAGAAGGUUUCUUGAAUUAUAAGCCACCGGUGCUUCCAGAUGAAUUAAGUCAUCUUCCGGAUCGAGUCUCUAAGAGUUUUGUUGGUAAAACCAUUUUUAUUACCGGUGGAUCGGGAUUUCUUGGAAAGGUUUUAGUCGAAAAGCUUUUAAGGAAAUGUCCAGACAUCGAAAGAAUUUAUUUGCUACUCCGAACAAAGAAAGGUAGCAAUCCUAAACAAAGAGUGGAAACUAUUUUCUCAUCCGUGUUAUUCGACUAUCUAAAGGAAUUACGGGGUGUGGAAGUGUUAAAUAAAGUAUACCCGAUCGCCGGUGACGUGAGUGAACCAAAUUUAGCCAUCAAUGAGUCGGACCGGCGUUUGUUGGCGGACACCGUGCAAAUCGUUUAUCAUGCCGCGGCCACCAUUCGGUUCGACGAGGCAUUGAAGAAAGCUGUCUUGCUCAAUACUAGAGGCACGAAAAUGGUAUUGGAAUUGGCCAAGGAAAUGAAAAAUUUGCAGGUGUUUGUGCACGUGUCGACUUCUUACUGCCAUUUGGAAGAAAAAGUGUUAUUCGAAAAAGCGUAUCCGCCGCCAGCUGAUCCGCAUAAAAUAAUCCAAAGUAUGGAAAUGUUGGACGAACCUUUUGUUGAAACGAUAUCCAAAGAGAUUCUCGGAAGUUUUCCAAACUCGUAUGCGUUCACGAAAUGUCUUUCUGAACAUUUGGUGGUGGAACAAAUUGAAGCUGGAUUGCCUUGUAUAAUCGCUCGCCCAUCCAUUGUCAUACCAAUAUGGAAGGAGCCUCUCCCAGGAUGGACAGACAAUAUCAAUGGACCGACGGGCUUGCUGAUAGGUGCCGGUAAAGGAGUCAUCCGUACAAUGUUCUGCCACAAUCAAGGUUACGCUGAUUAUCUACCAGUCGAUAUAACCGUCAAUGGCAUAAUACUGUUCACAUGGAAUUAUAUAGGCAACAAUGAUACCACCAGAACAAUUUGCCACUUAACUUCCAGCCAAGAAUGGAGAGUGACAUGGCAAGAAAUUAUUGACAUUGGAAAGAGUAUUGUCACUACUGAAGUACCUUUGAACGGCGCAGUUUGGUAUCCUGGUGGCAGCAUGAAGAGUAGUAAGCUGGUACAUAAUAUAUGUGUGUUUUUCUUACACACUAUACCAGCUUACUUUUUAGAUGCUGUUAUUUAUUUGUCUGGCAACAAACCAUGUCUGGUGCGCAUUCAAGACAGAAUUAACAAAGGAUUUGAGGUGUUCGAAUACUACGCAAACAACCAAUGGGAAUUCAGGAACGAACAUGUCCAUUAUAUGAGAAGAAUUAUGAACCCACGAGAGAAGUUUGAGUACAAGGUUGAUGGAAACGAUAUGGACAUUAGAAAUUACUUCAGAGAUUGUAUUAUGGCUGCUCGAAUUUAUAUUUUAAAAGAAACUCCAGACACACUGCCUAGAGCUAGAAUUCAUAUGAAAAUAAUGUACUAUGUUGACAUAAUUGCCAAAAUAUUAUUAUUCGGUUUACUGUUAUGGACUAUAUUCAAAUGGUCUGAUACAAUUAUAGCAAUUGGACUGUUAUUAUUUAAUCUUGUACGGUUAUUCUUCAAGUCAAUUUUUUCAGCAAUCAACAGUGACACUACCGUUGAACCGAUAUUGAACAAAGAACUUUAA